UCUCACAUGGCAGGCACAUUUUUUUACAACACACACGACGAUGAUCAAAUCAGUUUUGAUCAGUUACACGCUUUGCAUAAUCUAUUUUGUUCGACCAUAAUAAGUGAUUUCGAAUUAUACCUGUCUGAGUAAAUGGUUGGUCAUGGCGAGUAUAACUCAACUUCCGGAUUUGGUUGUAAAGAAGCUGUUAUCAUUUCUGGACCGGUACGACCGUUUUAAACUACGGUUAGUUUGCCACACUACCAAAUCUUGGGUGGAAAGUCCCCAGUUCCUUGGGCUUUACGACAGCUUUCCAGACUGGGACCACGACGACGACUUUCCAUCACCGAGACCACUACCGCCAAUUUCCCACACCCGCUUCAACUUAUCUACUUGGGACUAUAUCAAACCCAUCUAUCUUCGCCUAAUUCCUUCGUCCUUGAAGUUCCUCACACUACAAACUCUAUGUGCAUCGUCCAAUUUAUUGCAGCUUCAAUUUAUUAGUAGAUGCACAUCUUUGGAAGCCUUAUGCAUUGAAAAUCUUGACCUAACAACGACAACAAAAGCCUUAGAGGAAAACUCUGAGGAAUUCAAUGGAUUGAGCUUGGUACUAGAAAAUCUUAAACAUUUUGAACUUUGUUGUAUUCAAAUACGCCAUUCUGCUGGUUUGGAACUGGAAACUUUUGGAAUUUUGUUAAAAUGUUUGAAAAAUGUCAAAACCUUGAAUGUACCAUCAGUUGUUGAAAAGAAUGGCUUGGAGAUUGAUGAGAAUGUCCACUUGUCGAUUGUCUACGGAUUCGUGAUUGGACCGAUAAUCAAGUACAUUGGAAGAAGAGCCCAUGACAAAUCAUCCAUGCAUGUCAGCAACUUACAGUCAUUAGAAAUUACAAAUUUUGGAGAAUCUAGUUUCGAGCUAUUCCCUGAGCUAAUAAAGAUUUGCAACAAGACGAAAACUAUUUUAGAAAAUGUCAACUUUAGUCUGAUAAACAAAUUAGUAAUGCUUGACUAUGACGUAAAUCUACUCAGAGUGGUGGGCUCCAUUAAUAAUAGCUUAGUUGGAAGUCGAAGUAUCUUGCCAAACCUUAAAAAUGUACGGAAGGUGCGUCUGGACCUCAUCAAAUGUGAUAUAACAAUGGAGAUAAGUCAUCCUGCCGAGCCCGUGUUCCCAUGCAUGGAAGAACUCUGGUUGUACAUUUUUGAUAACUCGAAGGAAUAUUUUGAAGAAAUGGGACAAAAUCUUCUGCGUCAGAGAUUCGUUCAAAAGGCUAUAGAUAAUAUACAGCAAUUGCUAUUAUGUGAACGUGAAUCUUUAAAGAAGUUGACAUUGACCAGUGAACGCAACAGCAGGCCUUUGUUCAUAUCAGUCUCUUCCAUAGCUUCAAAUUGCAAGAAUUUAACUUGUCUCAAGUUCAAAACAUUUUUCAGACUUGUGGACACCGAUUUGAAAAGUAUUUUUGAAAACCUGGUAAAACUACAAGAAUUUGACGUGGAGGAUGAGUGGGGAGGAAUUUCCGACGUGGGAAUCUGUAUUAGCUCUACAGAAGCAGCAGUACCGCUAUUACUAACUCUAAAAGAUUUAAAAAGAUUCAGAAUCUUAACAAAAUGUAUAUUUUCAUUUGGAAUGUUUCAUGAUGCUGGACACUGCAAUGAAUCAAAACUUCACAAAUUCUCAAAAGCCCCAGACGAUCACUUUAUCAGCGACUACAGCUUUAUUAAAGUAUUCCGGCAUAUGCGAGUACUCAGUUUUUGCAUCGAUUGUCCAAAUAUUCACGUAACAAAGUUCGGCUACCACGCCCUCCUCGACAGCGAACUGGCCAAAAAUGUCGAGUUCUUCCCGCACCCAAGGUACCUGCCUACAGGGCUAAGUUCUCAAGACUUCUUUAAAAUACGGAGCAGAUUUAAACAUCUGAGACGUACAAUAUCUGAUGUCAGUGAUUCCGAAACAAAAAUCACUUUUAAUCGCCGUUCCAUCUUUGGUUCAACUUGUGUUAUCACUUAAUCAGGUUUUUCUUUUGUUCUACCAUAUUAGUCAGAGAUAUAAAUUGGUCUCUAAACAGUCAGUCUUUUUUUGCCGAACAGGAUAUGAUGAUGAUCUUAAUAAUAAUAAUAAACAAAUCUCUAUUGAUAAUACUGGU